AUGGGCAUUGGGAAUCUCGGGCGCGUUGCCGCCGUGCUACUCUUCCAGACCGUGCGCAUCACUGGUCGCGCCGUCCUCGAUGCGUGGCAGCACACUGCGGCCUUCAACGCUGCACAACGCGCUGCACGAGCAACGUCAAGGAAUGUCGCUAAGGACGCCAACAUGACCAUCAACGAAGCACGGCAAAUUCUCAACGUGAAUCCAUCCACCCCGCCAGACCAAAUUCAAGCAACAUACGAGAAAAUGUUCAACUUGAACAACACACCGCAUACAUUCUAUAUCCAGUCCAAGAUUUUCCGCGCAAAGGAGCGGCUCGACGCCGAAAUUGCCGCCCGGCCAACUCCUCAAGCCUAAAGGCAGCAUUUUUUUUUUGGUGAGAGAUUGAGAGAAAACAACCACGACCGGCUCAAGAACGCGCGUCCUGCUUCUGCAGGUGCGAUUUUACACUUGUUGGUUGGUCCAGGUAGCGGUUUUCUCGUGCCCUUCCACCAUCGUUGUCAUUUGUUUUUUCCCUGCAGUAAACAUCCUUGUUAAUUUCGUCCUUCGUGAUCCGAGUACGAUUGACUGAAAGUCAC